AUGAUGGAUCUAUUCUAAGAAUGUAAAAAUUAUUAUUUUAGUAUUAAUUAGUGAUUCAAUUAUUGAUAUUUCUAAAAUCCAGAUAUUAUAACAAAUAUGAAAUAAAUAAAAUAUCUGAAAUUUUCACUUCAAUCUUCUUCUUCAAAAAGUUUUUAAAUCGAAUGCAAUAUGCAAUAUGAAAGGGUGAAAUAUUGA